AGCGUUACUUGACUUUAAUAUUGUGCUAAUUUACGAUCUUGUUAAUUGCUAUUCGGAAUGUCAUAACUUAUUAUAUAUGAAUUAUUGACCUUGUGAGUCAUUUUUAUUCAGUAUUCGGCAACAGUUAAGAGUAAACAACACCAGGAUGUUCGCCACCAAAAUUCAAGUCUUGAGUAUCCGGAGUUUCAGAUGAGCUCUGCAGCUAUCACUACUUCAGAUAAAUUUGGCUUACAUGCUAAUAAGCCAACCAAGGUCAUUUUAAUAUGUGGCAUUCCCAAAUGUUUCCACGCCUCUGACUUAAGGAUGUUUUUCUCUCAGUUUGUGGAGUCAUCUAAAUUUGCAUGUUUUCAUUAUCGUCACAGGCCGGAUGUGGAGGUAGAGGCUGGAACUGAACUUGAUGGCCCUAAACUCCUUAAAUGUAUCAAGCAGAAAUCCAGAAGUACAGCAACGUGUUGUGCAGUUCUCUUGGUUUUCGAAGAGCACGUCGAUGAAUUUUUUCGCCUAUAUAACUGUGCAAAUUGGUUGGAUCCAAAUGACAUACCUCUGGAUUCAAAAUGCAACAUGUAUGUCGUGAAAUGUGGAAAGACGGAUGGUGUUGAAAACUUGCUUGAGUUCAAACCUUUGUCGUGGAUGCCUUGGGGGAACGUUGGGACACCUACCCUACAUUUCUUCAACUUAAUAAAGGAAUGCAAACUGGAGAGCUCGCUAAUUUCGAAACUUGGUUUGAACUUCUCUGUCUGUGCCAGAAACCGGAAAUACGGUGCUGUACCUUUCGAUUAUGGCAAUUCAGUUGUCAGCAAUGUAGAAUCACACUCUUCUCCGGAGGAUUUAGAGUGUGGUUUGACUUACAACUCGACCAUUCACACUCAGUCAGAUCCAACUUCCAAUGACAAUUUUGCUAAUGUGGUGGAUAUUGAUAGUGAUGAUGAUGUUCCUGAAGAAUGGGAUCGUUUUGAGGCACUACAUGAUGAUCCAUACAAUUUAGACAGAGGAAACAAGGCACAAUUAAAGUAUGAAAGUAAAGUUGAACUCGUCUGGGAAAAGGGUGGUUCAGGUCUAGUUUUCCAUACGGAUCAACGUACAUGGGAAAAAUUGGAUCCACUGAGAAAGGAAGAGAUUUUCGACGAACCUUCCUCUUUUGACUGGGAUAUUGACAUGCAACCUUAUGAAGUUCCAACUGAUUUGGGGACUGGUCCAACUCCAAAUGGAUUUAUUGGCGGAGAGAGAGAUACAACCGAACUUAUUGACAUAAAUCGCGAAAGAGAAUCCAUGAAUGUUAAAGAUCUUGCCUACGAUCCGUAUGCUGCUUUUAAGAAUGAAGUAAUCAGCAAAGUUAGUUCUUUUCUAUUUAUUAUUUGUGGCAUUUUCUGUUGUUUUGCUGUCUGAACUUAGGUUUCCUUAACUUUUCAUUCGUUGAAGUUAAAGGGCCUAAAUCUGAUUUAUAUAACCACUUUUACCGUUGUUUAGUUAUUAGGAACCGGAUGUGUGCAACGUCUCUUAUCCCGAAUACUGCUUUAUUAUUUUUCUUUAAAAUUAAUAAAUACAGUGCAAAUACAAAUCCCAAGGUAACAAAGGUGUAGGGGGAACUAAGAGUGAGUACGAUAAAUCUACGAAAUAUCAGAGUAAAAAUCCAAGUUAAUGAAAGAAUAUUGAAACAGUAUAUUAUGAAAAUACAGAUAAUGUGUUAUAAAAAAUAAUGGUUACUUGAAAAUACAGUUACAGUCCACUGCUACAAACUAUUAAUAUAAUCCACAGAUCUGUUUCACUUCUGGGGUCUUGUCCACUGGUAGAAGUUGUUUACCUAUUGUAGAAUAGUCUUCGAACGAGAAUGAGAUGUUCCUGCAAUUUCCAUAAAAUACGACACGGGUGUUAAUGGAGCAGGUAAACAGUUUGAACCAGUGAGAAAACGAAGUGACAGAAAGCACAACUAUAUUUCCAUUCGAACGCCGAAGUUAUUAUGAUUUUACGAGGAAGUCGAUUGACAAAAAAGUUAUGUACAGUGUGUCCAUUUUUGACAUUUAACAAAAACUGUACAAAUUUAUUGUCUAGGACUCCACAAGGUUUUUGAUAAUAUACUGAGCUUUAUCUCGUGAGUUUGUUUUAAGAAAGGAUUUGGUACCCAUUCGUCUUUAUUGAAGAGUUCACCUGUUAACGUGCUUAACUAUUCUGAUUUGUACGUAAUACAUUUGCAAACUACUUCCGAAUCAAUUUGUCUUUUUUUUACUGUAUCUGACUCGCAAAUUAUCCUAGACUAUCCGUUUCGGACUUGUAAUAUGUUUUGCAAUCUGUUCAUGCUUCAUUUGAUCUUUAUGCCUAAAAAUAUUUUAUAUUACAUGAUUUUAUCGAGAGUAACUGAUUCCCCAUGAUCAGCGUAGUCAAUAUGUCAAAAAUCAUCACUACUUAAAUUGUCGAGGCUUUUGUUUCACAUCUGAUUAGAAAUGAGAAUGUGCGCCUUAUACUUCGGAUAUACCUGAAAUGUCAUUCUACGGUGGCACAUAACAUUAUUUGAUGAAGUUGUAAACAUUGUAUUAAAUUAGCGAGGAUGUUUUCUACACAGAAGAGCGUAAGCCUAAGUACAUUAAUAAACACGUAACAUAGCGCUAGAGGAUUUAAGUAGUUUUGAUUUUAUGCCGAAAAUGCAUAUAAACUUCAGGAUUAACAAGUACUGAUCACUGGUGUCUGUAGAAACACCACUUUUAAUACUACUUUACUACUUUAUGGUUUGCGUUUUGGACUGAAGUUAUGAGAACGUGUUGUGUUCUCAGUGCGAAAAACUAUCAAUCUUCAUACAGAAGGAGGCAAAUAUAUUAUUGAUACAGAUGUUUGUCUUACUGAAAUUUAAGAAGUCACAUAGAGGCCUCUUUCUACCAGUAACAUACCCAUUCCCAACAGUACGCUUGAUAAAACAUACACUUUUCAGCGAAAGUAAACCGUAAGUAUUUUUAUAAAAAAUGAGAACAUCUUACAUUCUUCACUUUCCCACCUAUUUGUUUAUCACUUUGUGUUGCUAUAUCAGGCAUAUACUGUUUCCUUCUUUAAACUUUCAAACAGAUGGAAAUAGUGUAUUAUGAUUUUUUUCUGUCUGACCAAUUUUUUUCACAGGGCUAUGGCGGGA